GGGAGACAGAACUCUGAUAGAGACGGCCAUUCGUAUUGAAGUUUCACAGGGACUAUCAACAGGGAGUAUAGCCGAUGCUAAAGAAAAAUUGGGGUAUGAGAGCCACCAGAAUCCGUUCCCAUCCUUCGCUGCCCGGGGCCCAGUCUGACUGACAUCCUUCGGAUCAGCACCGCCACUGAACCACCUCUCGAAUAAACCUAAUAUCUGAACUUUCAACACCAUGGAUCUGAGAGUGGGGAACAAGUACCGACUGGGACGGAAAAUAGGGAGUGGGUCCUUUGGGGACAUUUACCUUGGUGCCAACAUUGCCACGGGCGAGGAGGUGGCCAUUAAGUUGGAAUGUGUGAAGACCAAACACCCACAGCUGCACAUCGAGAGCAAGUUCUACAAGAUGAUGCAGGGAGGAGUGGGGAUUCCCUCGAUAAAGUGGUGCGGGGCAGAGGGAGACUACAACGUCAUGGUGAUGGAGCUCCUGGGCCCCAGUCUGGAAGACCUCUUCAACUUCUGUUCCCGCAAGUUCAGCCUCAAAACGGUGCUACUGUUGGCAGACCAGAUGAUCAGUCGCAUCGAGUACAUCCACUCCAAGAACUUCAUCCAUCGCGACGUCAAGCCUGACAACUUCCUCAUGGGGCUUGGGAAGAAGGGCAACCUAGUGUACAUCAUCGACUUUGGCCUGGCCAAGAAGUACAGAGACGCCCGCACACACCAGCACAUCCCCUACAGGGAGAACAAGAACCUGACAGGCACUGCACGCUACGCGUCCAUCAACACCCACCUGGGCAUCGAGCAGUCUCGGCGUGAUGACCUGGAGUCUCUGGGAUAUGUCCUCAUGUACUUCAACCUGGGCUCUCUGCCCUGGCAAGGCCUCAAAGCCGCCACAAAGAGGCAGAAGUACGAACGCAUCAGCGAGAAAAAAAUGUCCACCCCCAUCGAAGUGCUCUGCAAAGGAUACCCCUCCGAGUUCUCCACCUACCUGAAUUUUUGCCGCUCGUUGCGCUUUGACGACAAGCCAGACUACUCAUACCUUCGUCAGCUCUUCAGGAAUCUGUUCCACCGACAAGGCUUCUCCUAUGACUACGUAUUCGACUGGAACAUGCUCAAAUUUGGUGCCAGUAGGACAGCAGAAGACGGUGAGAGGAGGGGAGCUGACGAAAGAGACGAGCGUAUCGUAGGAGGCCCUCGGGGAUCCGCUGCACGGGGUCUCCCGCCAGGGCCAAACCCACCAGCUGUCAACAGAGUUAGGAAUGGACCAGAGCAGGCCAUCUCUAACCCCGCCUCACGGGUGCAGCAGUCUGGGAACACGUCGCCGCGGGCUAUCUCUCGCGCUGAGCGUGAGCGGAAGGUGAGCAUGCGGCUCCACCGAGGAGCCCCCGCAAAUGUGUCAUCCUCUGACCUUACAGCCCGUCUUGACCAAUCCCGAAUUUCCACAUCGCAGGUCAGCAUGCCAUUUGAGCACCUGGGGAAGUGAAACAUUCAGUUCCACAUGCACUGGAUACUGACAGGGCUUCAAGAGAUCCUUUGUCCCAGUUUUGUUUCUGUUGUGAAUUUUUGCUAAUUGGACAAAUAAGUGGAUCUUGGAGGAAAGGACAGAGAAUCAUAAACUGAUGAAAAGAUGGCAGUUGGUCAAGGACUGCAGGAAUUUCUCCCCUCCACCCUAACUUUGAUGGGAUAAACCUGGCCUGUAAUAGUAUGAGGAUAAGAUAGUGAAUAACACCCUCCUCUCCACUGACCUAUUUACCCCAUGGUAGCUUGGAUCAUGCACCCCUUUCCAGACACCUUUGUUCCUCCCCCACUAUUCUCUGGGUGGCUGGCAGGUAGACUGAUUUGGGGGUUGAAAAAGACAAGCUGGUGCUCCUUUGCCAAAUAUAGUUGCGGGCACAAACUCGUUCCAAACCAAGAAAGGGUCAACUCGAAAUUUGGGCUUGUGUGGAUUUAGCCAUUUCUGUUUACACCGCAAAGACCACACACACAAAUGUACCCAUGUAUGUUUUAUCCAGUUAAUUUAUAGAAUAGUAAGGGGCUUUACUGAUUGGUAUGAUUUAAUGUGCAUAUUUUGUGAAUAGAUCAUAUUCAUUUGGUGGGGGUCCUAUUGAGGCUUGGGCAAUUUUACUUUCUUAUUUGAUGUUUUAACUCAGAAAGGAAAGGUACAGCUGAAGAGAAGGAAUGGUGAGAAGGCUGGAGAGAUGGGUGGGUGGUAGAUGAAGCCAUGAGAAGAAAGGAAGAGCAAGUGAACAUUAGCUGAAAUGAUGUUGGGUUCUUUUCCCCUACUUUACCUCUUACUGAAUUGCUAAUUCUCCACUUUAGCCAGGCAUUUAGGCUACUUCAACCCACUUUGGAACUGAUGUUGUCCAAAAGCCAACACCUCACACAAUGAUUGAGGUGGACAUGCGUUUUCUACCCUUCUCCUGCUUUUAUUUAUUCACCACCUCAUCCACACUUGUUUUUUAUCCUCCCCUUUUGCCCACUUUGGUCUCCUUUUGAUUUGUGUUCUUUAGUCGUAAUAUUUGGUAGGUUGGUAAGGUCAAAGCAACCAUGCUUAUUUUAAGACUGUGCAACACUCUUAAGACAAGGGAGAAUCACAAGCUUUCUUAAUGUAUUUGACCAGAGACUGCGAUGAACAAGUUGGCAAAUGAUGGUGGCUAUGAUUUUCAAUUUUUCUUAACGCCAACUUUUACAUUUUAUUUGAAUGUUUUUCUUUUUGUAGGUCUGAUGGGAAUGGAUGAGCUCUGUACUUGAUUGAAGGGGGGGUGGCGCAUCAAGUGCCAUGGCUCUUUUUUUUCUUUUUUUUUUACUUCACUGUAAAUAUUUUGUAUUUCUGUGUAAGCCAAAAUGUGGUUGGUUGUUUUUAAGGUGUAAUGUAGAAAAAUAAAUGCAUAAAUUGCA